GAGGGGCCGGGUUUCAGGUUCACCUUGACUCUGGGAGCUGCAGCGGAGCAGGUACCCGCUCCUGCACCUGUUUCUCUUGCACCUGCAGCUGCUCCUACCCACCUCUCCUGACUGAGCCUGGCCUGCGUGGCACCCUGGAGGCACCCUCUCCUCCCCCAGCCUCGCCCUCCCAGGGCAACUCCUCCACUCAGCUCCUUCUCUAGGGAAGGUCUCGCCUUCAGCCGGGAGCAGUCAGGAUUACAGCAGGAAGCCUCCCCUCGACUCAGGGAACGUCAUGAGCGAAGUUGGUUGGUGGAAGUUGACCUUCCUCCGGAAAAAGAAAUCCACGCCCAAGGUGCUGUACGAGAUCCCUGACACCUAUGCCCAAACAGAGGGAGGCACGGAGACCCCGCGGCCUGACGCUGGAGGCCCCAACAGCAACUUUAACACCCGCCUGGAGAAGAUUGUGGAUAAGAACACAAAGGGCAAGCACGUCAAAGUCUCCAAUUCGGGUCGCUUCAAGGAGAAGAAAAAAGUCCGGGCCAUGCUGGCGGAGAAUCCCAGCCUCUUUGAUGACCGAGAGGACAAAGGACAGUGAAGGGGGCCGAGGAGGCUGCUAGCAUCUCCCUGCUCCCUGCCAUCAGCCGGAUCUGAGACAGGAGCUUGCCACGCUGGCCUCUGGUCAUAGCUGAAGCCGUAGGGGCAGUUUGAUGCCUGCUGGCAGGAAAUGUCUGGGUUUUAAGUUUGGUUUCUGUGCCCCAGCUUUGUGUAAGGCAUCUCCUCCUCCCCUGACCACAUGGUACUCUUGAUGGAAGAGGAAGACUCCCACCCUGGAAGCACAGGCUUCCUAGGAGCCAGGGCAAGGCCUGGAGGGAGGCGAGGAUGGCAGGGAGUAGAGAGGAGUGGCAGCCUCAUUCCACCUGCCCUGUGAACACAGGGGCAAGGGUCAGUUUGAAUUGCUGCUCCUUCUACUUUCUCCACUUGGAACUGUUCCCUGGACCAAUCCUUGAAGAGCACAUUUUCCAGAAGCCACGUCCAUGUGAUUGGGGGAAGGGAUGGUUUCCUUGGUGCCAGAGGGGGAGAUGUUGAACUUGAGCUCACCUCUUAACACAAGUGGUAAACUUCCUGGAACUUUGCCCCAGGUGUGGAGGAGCAGAGGACCUGGUCCCUCCCUGGGAGAGCUGCAGAAGGCCAGACCAGUGAUCCCCCAGGUUCCUGCCUUGGCCACCGAUGCACAGACCCUCAAAGGGCAACGUCACCAGCUCAAGGAGUCAAACUGGUGAUGUGGGUGGGAAAGCCCUGGUAGGAACUGAAAGGAGCCAGUUUUCUCCUCUCCUUCUUCUGUAGUAUUUAAGACAUGAAUCAUGGAGCUUUGCAUUUUGUUUAAAAAGUAAUUGUAGGUUUCUCUUUGUGAUAAACAAUUCUGCAAAAGCGGAGAACCUAUUUCUGCUCUUAGCUUGCAUUUAUGGAGAUGUCUGUUUUUCAUGUGCUCAGACUGUUUCUUUGAGCUUCAGGAAGUAUCCCCAGAUGUGUGAGAAUACAGGACUUCUUCGGUCACUAAUUUCACCAUCAAGCUAGAUUAAUAUGGAGGGAGACAGAAGAAGGAGCUAGUCACACACACCUCAGUGGUUAGUUCCUUCUGGGCAACAGAGAGGCCAGAAAAGUGGGGCAAAUUUUUUUAGUGACUGAUCUUAAAGUCUCUGUGAGUGGUUUGGUUUGGGAUCAGGAUUCAAAUGCUCAUUCCCCUACUUAGUAGUUGGGUGACCUUGAGAACAUUUUCUCAAAGAUUACUCUGAGCCUCAGUUCCCUCUUCUGUGAAAGGUGCUGUUUUAGCACCUAUUUCCCAGGGAGUGGUCCAUAUGAAAUGGCCCAUAAGGAGUUCCAUAGUAGGUGCUCAGUUAAAUACUGGUUUGCCUCCUUUUUUUAU